AUGGAUUAUAAUGGGAGGAGAACUCGGACUCUGUCCACACUCGCUCUGAUGUUCCUGCUGAACGGAGUUGAAUAUGCGGUGAUCUUACCCACGAUCUGGCGCUUCCUGCAGACCCUGGACGCCCCUCCGUAUUUUUUGGGUCUGAGUUUGUCGGCGUUCAGUCUCAGCGGUUUGGUUACGGCUCCUUUAUUCGGGUUCUGGUCCGAUCGAACCCACAGAACCAAAAACAUCCUGCUGUUCAGCAAUUGCUUCGAAAUUAUUGGUAAUUUUCUGUAUUUUUGGGGAUUUUCGAGGUGGCUGCUGCUCAUCAGUCGUUUUAUUGCAGGAAUUGGAACUGGAGCUGGUUCCUGUAUUUUUGGUUUCCUGACGAGAAUCACCGACCCUGAAGAUCGAGCCACCGUAUUCGCUGCUGUCAUGGCCUGUCGUCAAGCCGGCCUUCUAAUUGCAUUUCUGAGAGAGGAGGUGCUGCUCACCGCCCAGUUCAUCACACUCUUCAACCAGACCGCACUGGAGACCAUGGUGACCCCGCUGACCCAGCAGUUCUUUCAUUUUGGCGAGCUAGAGAACAGCGUGAUGUACUGUGUCUGUGGGGUGGAGGUGAUCGCCGGGUUCCUGUUUGUACGCUGGCUCAGCCGGCGGGUGGAGGAGCGGGUGGUGCUGUCCGUGGGUCUCGUCCUCGCCAACAUCUCCUGCGUCUGGUGCCUCGUCUUCCUGGCUGAUUCUCAGGGUGGGUUCCUGUGGCAGUUGGUCGAGUUCAUCAUCUGCGUCUUCCUGCAGGUUUUGGGUUUGCCCUUCAUCGGUGUGGCUCAAGUGUCGCUCUUCUCCAAAGUUACAGACGAGAAAACUCAGGGCUUCGCCAGGGGAAUCCGGCGCUCCGUUGGCGGUUUGGCCACCAUUCUGGGUCCGUUAUGGGCCGGAUGUUUCACCUCGAACAUUUACGUCAUGCUGGGAGUGAUGAUGGUGUUACUGGUUCUGCUAGCUAUCAUGAUGACUUUUUCAUACGAGCGACUGGUUGCUCAUCCUGAAAUCAUCACACUGAGGAAUGAGACACGACCCGAACAGGACGAUUCUGAUUGGACGGCUGAGAUUCUGAGAGGGAUGAACUGAAGUUGAACUCUCGCCUGC